UGUUAUUAUUGUAUUAUUUAUUAAAUAAUAUAAAUUUUAUUUUCUUAUAUUACAAUUUUAUUUCCGCUAUACUACGGUAUUUAUUACUAUUGGCCAACAUUACUUAAAAACUGAAAAGGAACAUAUUCACUUUUCCUGAGAAAAAGUACAGUAAUAUUUACAUUUGUUUAUGCUCAUUUAUGAAACGUAUAAUUAUAUAAAUGACAGAUACAAACCCUGAAAGUACAUGUACAUUUAAAACUUCUUGUACAAGAGUAAAUCCGUACAAAAACAUCAUUUCAUUGAGAAAUGAUAAUGUAAUUAUACAGAAUGCUGUAUAUGCCUUGAUUUCUAACAUGUUCUUCUUCACACGUCGUAGAAGAUCGAAGCGAGAGGAUAUCUUAUAACAAAUGCUAAUAAACUACUAAAAACCUGCAAUAUUAAUGAUCUUUUAAUAAUAUACAAUUUAUAAGGUUGUCAAAAUUGAGCCUUACCUGAAUUAAUAGUAAAAUCAUUGUAAGAGUAGACUCCUUAAGUGGGCCAACUUUGAUUAAUACAAAGUUGAUUAAAGUGAAGUUGUUACAAGUAACAAUAGCUUUUUUAUCUUCUUUCCAUUUCACUAAAUGUAGUUUCGUAAAUAUCCACAUUACGAUUUUACCUAAAGAUUAAUUUUUUAAUUACAGUAAAUACAAAAUACAUUAAAAUAAUUCUCUUUUCAUACCAAUAAAACCAAUCUCAUUUUUGUUGAAUACAGUAUUGCUAGGCUCCAACUUAUCUAUCUCUUUAUUGUAUCUGUGAACAAAUGUAAAGCUGUAAAGAAUCUUUCUUUUCUUUAUUAAUGAAGAAGCUAUUGAUUGAAAAACAUACUUUGGUAAUCUAUGUCUAGGGCACGGUAUAAAAUGGAACAAUUGUGGCACACUGUACAGAAAAUUAAUAAUUUGUGGAAUGAAAAACAACAAAGUUGUUUUGCUGAAGUGCCCAAUAAUGCCGACAACGGCAAACGUCAUUCCUGACAAGUAACAAAAAGUGUCCCCUACGAAUACUUCUGCCGGGCACCUUAAAGAAAGACAAACGUGAUUUCACGUUAUUGCAAAUAUUUUAGAAUCUAUACCUGUGUAAAGUCUUUAGCCUACUUCGAACAUAAUGAUCCUUAAUAAAAAUGACUAAUCUUAUCACACUAAAAUUGUAAUUGAUUCAAUUGCUUGCAACAUAGAUAAUUAGACAGAUGAGAAAUCAUUUAAAAUAACAAUAAUAAUAAAUAAAACGAAGCCUAUCACGUGGCCCUUUUGAUACCACUUUGUUCGAAACGCGUUUCGAUAACAUUUUAUUCGAAAUGUUUUUUUAGUAUAAUGGGUAUGAGUUAUGAGUCACGACGAUUCGAGGUGGUCACGUCAAGUGACUCACCCUGUAGAUGCUCAUAAUGAAUGAGUUAGCGAGGUUUUCAGACGCAUGCGCUUUGAGAGAUGUCGCGAUCGCGCUUGUCGACGGGAUUCGACGAAAGAAGUUGCGUGGGAGAGCAUUCGGGCGUGGUUUUUCAACUGCUGCGCUCCCGUUGGAAGGAGGAGGCUCGACAAGGUAGAUUUGGGUAGAACGGCGGGACCUCUUGAAACGAAAGACUCGCCGCCCUGGACUCCGAAAAUUAUGUGGCGUUAUGAGAAAACCGAUUCAACGAUCAGAAGAACGUCGCAGAUUGGCUAAAAUACAUUGUACAGAGUUGUUAACGUGCGAUCGGAGCCAUUUAAGAAUUAAAUGGCACGUCGGGGAGCGGUGACGUCACGGUUUAAACGUCACGAACCAAAGGUAUUCACCUCGUCGUUAUCCUUCAGGCUAUAUUACAAGUACAUCGACUACACACAUGCUUCCAACUAGAUUCCUUUGGUAACAGAGAUUUUCGAGUCAAAAAAAAGAUCUCAUGGUACAGAAGAUGCACAACUGACAAAUUUGAACAAGGAAGGUAGUGAAAUGCAGCCCCGCCUAGAUGGGAAACUGGCCUUGCUUUACACAUUGUUAGUCUUGCAAGUUCUUAUUGUUAUGAUUUAUGUUGCCACUACUCCGCCUUCUGAACUAACGGUGUCAACAACGCAUACUUCUGUUACAUUUGUGAAAUUCGAUGAGCCACAGGAAGCUCAUGUGCAACAGACCAAUCAUAAAAAGUUUCCAAUCUAUCAGACAAUCAAUGGGGAGGUCAUGCUUCAAGAUGUCAAGACUUACACUCUGUUCGAUGUAUACAAUCAUACAGUUUGUUGGAAAUAUGGAGUGGAUAAUCAGAAGAUGAAAAGUAGUGAAGACUUUCAAAAAUGUAUUUGCACUCAAGGGUGGCAUGGUUCGGAUUGUGGCCAGCCAGAAGUCGUCUGGAGAGCGAUUAUGGCAUCGAAGCAAAACGUUAAGCUAAAACACCGUAGAACAGCUAGACGUAUCAUUCAUACGUUUUUUUUGAACAAAUACAAUUCGGCGGUCGCGGAGGUGAUAGUAGAAGAAUUAUACAACGUAGUAGAUCUUUUUGUAAUCUGUGAUUUCAGUAACGCGGAGGAUAAUUUUCACCAUAAGCUACUCAAAGGAUUAUUGCAGCAGGAACAGAAGAAAAUUUUAUAUAUUAAUAUAGCGUCGAAGGUACACAAGCCGCUAAGGGUAGUAUCCAAAUACAUUUGGGAGAAAAUAAAGACUGUAGUACGAAAUUUAAGAGACGACGAUAUUUAUGUAACGACUGAAUCAGAACAAGUACUAAACUCUAGGGCAUUAAUGUUCCUCAAGGUAUACAACGGUUGGCCUCAACCGAUCGGUUUUAGAUUAAGAUGGUCAGUUUACGGAUUCUUCUGGCAACACCCACUUAAAACAACGAUAACGGUUGGCGCGUGCACGAUCGGAUUGAUGCGGGAAGCUUACCAAUCCAAUCCCAUCAUGCUGCAACAACUGGAAGGAGACUUGAGCGAGAGAGAUAGUCUAGGCCUAGUAAUAGGAGACUUGAAUCAUUAUGGAGGAUGGUAUUGUUAUUUGUGCCAGGCACCAGCGAACAUUAUAACUAGCCUGCAUAACAAAGUGAAAUCCAAUGAGAUUCAAUUAGAAAAAACUAUCGAUGUGCCAUUCAUCGAGGACCUAAUAGGAAGUGGAUUGUGGUUAGAUGGAAAAACUAAUCUCCUAAGAGUCUCUAAAUCACGGGACCUCUAUUUUGCGCCUGAAACAAUUCUUAAUAAUACAUGGAAAUAUGACUGGCUAGUAGAAAAUUUUUAUGCUAAAUUAGACUAUUACUGACAUACUGGUCGCACCCGACUGUGAUAUUAACUCAUACUCAAUACUCAGUGUAAACUAUAUGAUACUGUACUGAAUUUAUAUACUGAAGUAAUAUGUUGAUUAUGAAUUAUAAAUAUUAAAUGAUUUAUACAUAUAAGUUAUACAGAAAUAAAAAAUCUGGAAUUGUC